UGUUCCAGCGAGCACCAGCUGCUCGGCGCCCCGGGCUCCGCUGCUCCUGCCCGGCUCCGCUCCGCCGGCCUCCCCCCGCCCAACUUCGGCACCCUCCGCUCCCUCAUCUCCCAGCCCCCGGAGCCGGGAAGGGGCAGAAGGAAUCGAGGGGAGGCGGGGGAGGAACACAAAAAAAAAAAAAAAAAAGAAAAAAAAAGGCACCGACAAUAACAGCCCCCUCCCCCUCCCCAUUCAAAACCACAAAAUAAACCCCAGGAAUAGAUGAACUACAAAUGAGAAAGAGGAAAAGAUGGAACUGCACAUCCUAGAGCACAGGCUCAGAGUGGCCAGCAUAGCCAAGGAGAACAUCCAGUUGUUUACCUAUGGAUUAAUCAAACUUGCUUUCCUGUCCUCCAAGACGAGGUGCAAGUUCUUCAGCCUCACGGAAACCCCCGAGGACUACACCAUCAUUGUGGAUGAAGAGGGCUUCCUAGAGCUUCCUUCCUCGGAACACUUGAGCGUGGCUGAUGCGACAUGGCUUGCCCUCAACGUGGUAUCUGGUGGAGGUGGCUUCUCCAGCUCCCAGCCCAUUGGAGUGACCAAAAUUGCCAAGUCAGUAAUAGCACCUCUAGCUGACCAAAACAUCUCAGUGUUUAUGCUCUCCACCUAUCAGACGGACUUCAUCCUGGUGCGUGAGCGAGACCUGCCCUUCGUGAUGCACACGCUGGCUGCCGAGUUCACCAUCCUCAGAGUAGUGAAUGGGGAGACAGUGGCUGCUGAUGACUUUGGGAUAACAAAUGGAUUUGUCAAACCAAAACUAGUUCAGAGGUCUGUCAUUCAUCCCCUUUCCAGUCCGAGUAAUAUGUUCUGCGUCACCAGCCUGGAUCCAGAUACCCUUCCUGCUGUUGCUACACUCCUAAUGGAUGUCAUGUUUUACUCCAAUGGAGUAAAAGACUCGAUGGUGGGCAACGAAGACUCGGGACAUAUUCGCUUUUUCUCCUUUUCUCUCAUCGAGGGUUAUAUCUCCUUGGUCAUGGAUGUGCAGACACAGCAGAGAUUUCCUAAUAAUUUGUUGUUUACAAGUGCUUCUGGCGAACUAUGGAAGAUGGUGCGGAUUGGUGGGCAGCCUCUUGGCUUCGAUGAAUGUGGAAUUGUUGCUCAGAUUUCUGAGCCUUUGGCCGCAGCCGACAUCCCAGCCUACUACAUCAGUACUUUUAAGUUUGAUCACGCAUUGCCACACUGGGCCUCACACCAUUUAGGAAGGCCAGCAGACAUCCCCAAGGCUCUCCAGUGUCCAGGACCUAUCACCAGGUGUACUGUACCCCUACUGAUGGUACCCACCACCAUUUCCAUCCUUCAGCUCUUCUCUGGGAGCCACAAACAUGCCCCAUCCUAUUUCCUUAAAAGACAAAGGGAGAUGCUGCUAGUGUAUUUGCCAGACUUAGUUUUACCGGCUCACCGCAGGGUGCAAGAUGCCCAGGAGCCUGGAGAGCUCCAGCAGAGAUCCCGGUGAAGCAUCCCCAGAGCCCUGCAGCCCUUUCAUGGCUUACAUUAGGGCAGUCACUGCUGGGUCCUGAGUCUCAGUCAGCAGCGUGGCUGCACAGCACCAUUGCCACAUGAUUCUCUGCAAGGAGGAGCUGAAGAACCUGGCUGAAAUGUGCAAGAAAAACAGUGAAAUCAGGCGUAUCAUCACCCUCUCGCAGUUGUAACCAUUUAUAGUGGAUGUUUAAAGGGAAGCAGCUCAACUGCAUAAACUGUGCUCAAGAAAAGUAUCUCCUUCUUAGCACAGUGUAACAUAUUUUUUACUCUUCCAGUCAAGUAUAAGAGCCUUCAUGUAAGAAAAUAGUGUGGGAUUGCUAAUCUGAAAUGCAGCCUUAUUGCAGAGCACUGCCUUGAGGGUUUAAUCCAUUAAUACACAAAUAAAUCAACACAGGCACUGCCAUACAAUCUCAGCACUGCCUGUCACUCCCUGCAAAAGCAGCUGUCAUCUUAGGGUAAAUAACAGGAUUUAGGCUGUUAAACUGGUGUUCAGACCCUGAAGACACUGCACACACUGAGAGGCUUUUAGCAUUUGAGUUACCUCACCUGCCCAGGUUCACACCUUUGAGCAGGAGGUGCUGGGCCACUGGGGGAUGGGCAAGGCUCCAGUCCCUUGCAAAAAAUGCUACAAAAAUAGAUUCUGAUGAGUCAUGAUGAAGUAAUAUUAUUUUAGGAGUUAUUAUUUUGAAUGCUGCAGGCUAAUUAUUAGUUCUCUGAGUCAUUUGUUUUUGAAGGAUCCUGCAGAGAAAAGAAUCUGUUGUAAUGCAACAAGUGCCCAAGAUAAUCUUUGUCUUACAGGCACUCGUGUGUUUUAUCCCCAGUUGGGCACUUUGCUGACAAGAUGAGCCCAGUCUUGCUGUGCAGGGGCUCACGAGGUGGCCCAGGGGCCAUGCUGAGGCCAGCUCUCCAGCAGGAAAUUGCCAGCAGGAUGGCAGGGUGUGGACAGGGCACUUGGGCUUGAACCUUUCAUCCAUCUCUCCUGCAGCUUCUUCAGCCCUCAGCCACUGCUGUGCUCGGAGCUGUACAUGCACAGGGCUCUGUGCCCUUCUGGGCUAUUUUAAACCAAACGUGCCGGCAUGGUGCUGUUCAGAGAGUGAAUUACUCGUGUAAUCAAUGCCAAAUCAAGUAGGUUAUUCUAGCUCUAAUUUGAGCUGCUCCCCAUGUGCAUCCCUGGCCCCCACCCCCCUCGCUGCAGGUAUAUUUAGGAAUGCAGGUGUAUUUUGGGCUACUUUACCAUACUUUGAAGGACAAAAUGAUACAAAGUUGCCUUGCAGUGCACACUGGUGGUGACCUGGGGUCACCCCAGCAUGGCAGGGUCCCUCAUCCUGUGGGAGGAGCACAAGCCAUGCAGGUUGGGCCUGCCUUCAACAGGUAAGGGGUGGCAGGGUGAAGAGGGUAUUUUCAUUUUCUGAGCCAAGACCGAGCCUAUCAGCAAUGCUGGCAGCAUCUCUGGGAGAACACACUUUAGAAGGGGGAAAAACUGCUGCACAGCAGCAGCCAGGAUAGAGUGAGAAUCUGUGAGAGACAACCAUGCAGACACCAAGGUCAGUGCAGGAAAGGGAGGAGAGAGAAAAACCAGGAUUAAGGAUGAGCCUGGCAAGAAGAGAAAGGUAUGGGAAAAGCACUUUUAGAUUUCUUCUUAUUCCUCAGCAAUAAAAUAAUUUCUCCAAUAUGAA